CGGGAAAGUCACAUGACGAAAGAAAAAGAAAGUAUGGCGACCAGACAUUGGCAGGAAGAGGGAAACAAACAGAAAAUCGAGGAUAUUGAGGCUGGUACAGAAAUCUGAAUAUGGGAAGGAGCUGUGAUGUUGAUUUUAUUAGCUAGCGUCAAGCCGAAGCGAUGAAACGAGUUGCAGCUCUCGGAAAUGAGCCCAAAACUGACGCAGAUCGCGCGAAACGCGCAUAUAGAGGAGCUGUUGAAGCAAUACGCUGUUUGGAUGACAUCUACAAACAGAAAAAAAUCCUCAGAGAUGUUUUCCGGCAAGAUGCAGUUGCGUUGAGAAAUAGGCUCAAAGAAUACUGUGAGAGGCUGAUGUUUCUCAAUCCAGUGGAAUAUGGACGCAAAGCUGAAGAAGUUUUAUGGCGCAAAGUGUUCUACCAGAUCAUUCAGAUGUUCAAACAUAACAAAAAACUCAAACAGGUCCGUCAUCAUGGCUCUUUAGAAACAGCCUACCGGACUCAUCUGGCUGGAGCCAUGGGCUACUAUCAGCAUCUUCUUUUCCGGCUUCAGCAGGAUUUCCAUCUCAGCCUGACUGGUGUUCUAGACUUCCAGAUGGUCACAGACUCCCGCAUCACAGGAAUCAAUAACAGUCGCAAGAUGUGGUCAUCGAUGGCACAGGAAUGGGCACAGCGAGCUUGUCAUCGCUGUCUCAUUUGUUUGGGUGAUAUAGCAAGAUACCAGCGAGACAUUGACCAUACUCUUAGUGCAGCUUUAUCUCAGAGAUUCUACCAUCAGGCAUUUAUGCUUUUUCCAGAAAUAGGAAUGCCUCAUAACCAGCUUGGAACAUUAGCUGGAGGUAGAUCCUUUUCCUGUGAUGCAGCAUACCACUAUUUCCGAUGUCUGGCCUGUGAUAAGCCAUUUGAUGGUGCCCAGGGCAACUUGAAACGUCUCUUUGAAAAGAACCAGACUCGCAUCCAGCAUCAAAAUCAUGCUGCUCGGGAUCUACCACCUGAUAUGCAGAGGUUGCAGGAUAUUCAGGGCUUUUUAGUGGGCUAUCUAAAAUUAAUGGAGAUAUUCUCUGGGUCUGAAGACAGUAUGCCUGUCACUGAACUUCAGUGCAUGUGCCAGCAGACCCUGCAGGAUUUCAACCUCUGUAUGUUUUACGAGCCUGGAGCUGCAACAACCAUUGAUAUGAUUCAAGACCUCUCAUAUUCUUUGGAUCAUCCUCAGUACCUGGACGACGACCUUGUCUUUAAAAUAAUUACCAGUCUCAUCUGCAACAUCCACUUGCUUCAAAAAAUAGGGUCCAGACAUGUCACUGUUGCAACUGCAUUUUUGCUAGCCCUGUUCUCACACACGCUGAAUCAUGUCAUCAUUCGACUGCAGGGUGCAUUAUAUGACAAAGAAAACCCCAACAAGUUGCUAGAUUCUGGUCUAUUAGCAGAAGAUCACCCAGAUGAAGCCUCCUCAGACUGUAUGGAUGAAGUGUCUCCAAGCCCUCCUGUCAAACCUAAGGAAGAAGUCAGCUCAGAUCGGCGAGAGAGCAAUAGUUCUGGUCCACCUGUCACAGAUGGGAACAUGGAAGAAGGAAAAAAUCUGGCAAAAGAUCCAGCAAAACGAUUGAAAUCAUCUCGUAUCCGAAACCUACGUCGUCGCAGGCGGCGACAUCCAAGUGACAGCAGCAGUGACUUGACAGACAUGUCAGAAGAAUCUGAUCUGAGUGAAGGAGGAGAUGACGUGGAGGAGGACGACGAAAAUCUGUCUGAGGAUUCUGAAGAUGAUCUUGUCAAUUUUUUUGACAAUGACUCUGAUUCAGAGUUGUCUGACUCCAUCAUGGACUCUGAAGACAGACCCUCCCAAAAUGACUCAAAAGUCUUGAACAAGGAAGAUGCUACUAAAUCUUCUGUCAAUGGAGAAAUUUCACCCCAAACAGGUUCUAAAGGUUCCAAAGGUUCUCGUCCAGCAAGAACCCAAGGUGGCAGUGGAGACUGGUCUAACCUGGCAGAACGCAACACCCUGGCCAACAUGUCUUCAGAACUGUUCUCUUCUUCUGGACUCUUUCUUGGACAAAACUUGAGUCUUGACCUGGGACACUAUGCCAAUGGCAUCUCAGCUGCACAUUGUAAUGAAGUCAUGCAAGGGAAGACUCAUGUGCCUGUUCCUCCAGGUUUCCUUUCAUCAGAAGAGGCAAUGCACGUAGCUGAUAUCACAGAAAAACUGGCCAACUUUGUCAUCGAGACUGAUACUGAAGCUAGCAUUGCUCCUACUGAUACUGAACAAUCAGGCAUGACAGACACAGAUGAAGCUGAUAAUGAACAGAGUUCUUCCAGUGCAGCUGAAAAGCAUGAACUUGAACAGCGCCAUCUUCAGCAAGUGUUGCAGGUCAUUCAGGGUGAAGGUCUUCUGACAGUGGUGAAGAUUAUGUGUGACUGGAUGAUCUGUCAGGCUCCCAUUAUUACAGCUUGUGCACAAAGUUCCCAGUCACUAUGGAAUCGACUGUCUGUUCUUCUUAACUUUCUGCCUCAUGAAAAUGACUUAGUACAGCAUGAUGAGUGUUGGCAGGAAGAGCUCAAAGGGGUGAUCGCCAGCACACGGUGGCAACAAUGGAUGCAGGUCUUUCCAAUUACAGAAGAUAUCGAGUUAUGUCAGUUACCACCUCUGGCAGAAAUUCACGCUCAUUUGGAUUUCACAACAUCACAUAGAGGCCAGCUGACUGACAUGCAAGAGACUUUUGUGCGUAUAUGUGCAUUACGACACUUUGGCUACUUCCUGUCGAAAAUGGAGGGCUUUGAUUUCACGUAUCAAGAUGACCAGGCUAUGUUCUUUGGGCCUAAAAGCCCAGAGGAUGUGAAUGACGGGAAUGAGAAGUUAGCACAAGAGCGUAUGAGAGACGCGGACACCAGGCGCAAUCAACUCAUGAGGGACAUGGCUCAGCUGCGCUUGCAGGCCGAGGUGAGUCAGCUAGAAGGAUGCUUGGAGUCGGCGCAGCAGCCGCACUUCCCACCAUACGUCAUCGUGGACGCCGCAUCGCUGUGCACGGCCCUCGGCUUGGUGCGGGAGCUGGCCCAGAGUUCCCGCUGCAUCGUCAUCAUCCCACUAGCAGUGAUUGAUCAGCUGGAUGUCCAGAAGAAGGAGAGUAGUGGGGCAAGGGAGGCUAUUCGUUGGCUGGAGGCAGAAUUCCGGCGUGGAAACAGGUACAUUCGCGCCCAGAAAAGCAAUGAGACUGUUAGUGCCAACAACCAACGCAUCAGCAAAAAAAGACAUCGGAAUCUGUGGUACAUGAUGGAGGUGUUAGGCUGCGGGCGUUACCUGGCUAGACAGAGCAGUCAUUUUACCUCCGGGUCUGUGGUGGCCAUCCUGACGGCGCACUCCCUGUUCGCUGACAACCCGCCAGCACCAGUUCAACAUGUGCAGACUGCCAGCCAGGAGGAAGGGGUGUCCAUUGAGAAUAUCAAGGAGUUUGUCAGCAAGUGGCGUCCUGUGUGGCAGAGCAAUGGCUGAGCUCCUGGCCAAGCUAAGGGACUGUCGUCCUUGAAUUACACAACAAGCCUUCGUGACCGUGUCUCGGGAGUGAGUGCCCUCGGUAACCACUCGACAACAGGCGGAAAUCAGCGGUCAUGCGCGGCAGCAGUGCAGAGGGGUACUUCUGGCCUUCUGCCUUAGCCACCGCCAGUGUCCACCCCAACUCGCCUGUUGCUCGCGUACCCACCCACACACCUACCCCACUUCUUGGUUCUACAGGGUGUGUGUUUGCAGGUGGAUCGUUUGUUGGCUGCAUCUUUGUCUUUGGAGACUUUAACAUCAGUCUUUGGUUUAACGGGGAUGAGGGAAUCAGUGAUUUAAGAUGAUCGUGAUAAUGAUGGCAACGAUUACGGUGAUAAAUAUGAUGAGAAUAAUGAUGAUGAUGAUGAUGAUGACUAAACUGAUGAUAAUAAGGAUAUAAGAAGUAGUCCAGAUAAUAAUGAUGCUGAUUGCAAUGACAGUGCUUAUGAUCAGAUGCUAUGCUCUUGCUGUAGGAGUUUUUCCGUUGAAACAAAAUCUACCUUGAGAAGUAGGCUGUCGCGUCCCUUUGAACUCAAAAGGGACUUGCUUAAUUACCUUCUGUUAGUUUCACUUAUUAAAGCAUGAUGGAUGAGAGGAAAAGACGCUGAAGUAGGUUCUCUGUCUUUGCAAACAUCAGCCGUGAAUAUCAAGUUAUUUGAGAUGAUGCCUUUUCAGAGCUUGCAGCAGUAGAUGAUAGUACCGUCUGUAACCCUACUGGCACAGUUUCUGGUAUAACAGUAAACAGGGUUGGGGUUUGUUUUGGUUUUGUUUGGUUUGUUUAUUAUUUUUUUUAAUUCAUCUAUAUUUGUACCCGAUAACCUUUUAAUGCUUUUUAUUUUCCGUUUGUUUUAAGUAACAGCGUGCAUAUUUUAUGAGCCAAUCAAGCUGUGCACAGCCAAACCACGGUUUUAUGUAAGGCGUGUGCCUGUGCGUGCACGUGAGGACGCUGUAUGUAUGUGCGUGAAAGAACUGGAAGCAGCAGACUUCUUUCAGGAAGGGAACUAAACAGCUGAUGAUCGGACGUGUCAUGCGAGAAAAUGUUGGGAGGGAAAAUCACAAAAGGACGUGGAGUAUGGUGAUGUUCACCAUCUGGGUAGAUGCUUAACUCCACCCCAAAUCCCUUCUGUCUCCCAUCCCCACGUCUCCAGCUUCUCUUCCUCCUCCUUUUACGCUCACUUCUGUUACAGUUUUAUUUAAAAUCCAAUAAAGAAUACAAAUCAG